CCUACUCAUCGCCCACUGAAUGCUGCUUCGAGUAUGCGCAGAAACCCGUCCGACACGUGCAGAGCUUCUACGAGACGCCCAGGGACUGCUCCUUGCCUGCAGUUGUGAUUGUGACUGCCACUAGCGUCACGAUCUGCGCUGACCCCAAGAAGCUCUGGGUGAAGAAAGCCAUGAAAAAGCUUCAAAGGAAAAAAUGA